CACGUCACUCACGUCACAUCGCCCUCUCCUCCGCAGAGGCUCACCGCCCAUCUGCACAGCCAGGGGCGCCCGCCCUACGUCAUCAACCUGGACCCUGCGGUGCACGAGCUUCCGUUUCCUGCCAACAUCGAUAUCAGAGACACCGUGAAGUACAAAGAAGUUAUGAAACAAUAUGGUUUGGGCCCUAAUGGUGGAAUAGUGACAUCUCUCAAUCUCUUUGCCACAAGAUUUGACCAGGUGAUGAAGUUUAUUGAAAAACGACAGAACACAUCCCAAUAUGUUCUUAUUGAUACACCAGGACAGAUUGAGGUGUUCACCUGGUCAGCAUCAGGCACUAUUAUCACCGAGGCACUGGCUUCUACUUUUCCUUCAAUUGUUGUUUAUGUGAUGGAUACAUCUCGCAGCACCAGCCCUAUCACCUUUAUGUCUAACAUGUUGUAUGCUUGCAGUAUCCUGUACAAAACGAAACUACCUUUCAUUCUGGCCAUGAAUAAGACAGAUAUCAUUGAUCACAGUUUUGCAGUAGAGUGGAUGCAGGAUUUUGAGAUCUUUCAAGAUGCCUUGAAUCAAGAGACAACAUAUGUUAGUAACCUUACCCGUUCCAUGAGCCUGGUAUUGGAUGAGUUUUACAGCUCACUCAAGGUUGUUGGUGUUUCUGCUGUACUGGGUACAGGACUGGAUGAAUUUUUUGUGCAAGUCUCUGAAGCUGUAGGUGAAUAUGAGAGGGAGUAUCGUCCAGAAUAUGAGCGUCUGAAAAAAUCAUUGGUAAAGAUUUACAAAUAUUUUACAUGUUCUGGUUCAACUUGUCUGUUCAAUUUUCCUGCAGAACCCCAGCUUCUCAAAGUAUAUUCUGAUUACUAAUCUUCUGGAAUAAAAUUUCCACAAUAUUUCAGAGGCCCAUUAUUUAAUUUAAUCAUACUUACAGUGACAAGCCCAUCCUC